CCCCCAUUCAUCUAUCUCAUUUGUCAAGCCGCCUUUUUCGCCUGGCCACACACGCAAUCCAAUCCAGCGAGCGAUCGAUCCACCACACGUACGUACGUCCUUACACACACCCGCAAGAUCCGAUUCUCCCGACGGACAUACACACACACUCACUCUCCAGACCACCGAACCGAACACCACUCCACGGCAGUGUACCAGUCUGUCUCACUUACUCAGUUACUUUUUCUUCUUAGCCCCCGCCUUGGCCUUGGCCUUGGCCUUCUUCUUCCCCUUCGGCUGCGGCAGCUUCGUGCCCAACACCUCCGCACAAGCCACCGUGUGCUCGUACAGCUGCCUCCCGGUCUUCACACACACACACACACACACACACAGAGAGAGAGAGAGAGAGGGAGAGCACUCAUUGUGUGUGAAGUAAGAUAAGAAUGUCUGUGUGUGUUCCUACGAGCCACAAAGGGGGCGGCAACAAGUCCAGCAGAUGCCUGUGCCCAUUCUCCCUGGCCCAAUACGAAGCAUUCCUCCCGCCACUGUCCCGCGCAUUGCCGUCCGCUCCAUGGGCCAGCAGCAGCUUCGUCAGGUCCGUGUUGCCAAGCCUGCAGGCGACGUGGAGAGGCGUCUGCAGGGUGGCAUUGGGGGUGCAGGGGUCGGCCCCGCGAGACAGCAAAAGCGAUGCCGUCUGCACGUGGCUGUUGAAGCAUGCCAAGUGGAGGGGCGUGUUGCCGCCGAUACUCGCCGACUCCUGGGCGUCGACCUCCGCUCCCUUUGCAAUGAGGAACUCGCACAGCUCCCUCUUGCCUUCACGCGCCGCUAGGUGCAGGGCGGUUGUGCCCAUGACCGACUUGGCCUUGACGUCGGCCUGCUGCGCGACGGCUGUGGCCUCCUUCUGGGCAUCCUGCCCCGGCGAAGAGGGGGGACCGAGCAACAGAUACAGGUGCUGCACUAACAGAGAGACGACACAGCUGUGUGCCUUGUGCUUUUUCUUCUGAAUCGCUCACCUCGGUGUCGUGGAUCUCUACCGCGUGAAAGACCAGCCGGUUCGUCAUUGCGUCGGUGUCCC